UAAUAUGCCCGCGUCACGGGGAUUUCAUGAUUUGUAUUGGUUAUCCCCAAUGUCAUUUGACAGGGGAAAAAAAAAACCGUUGCUGCAUGUUUUGUUGACAUUCGAUAAUCAAACAGAAGAGGUCCCAGCUGAAUCACUCGUUUAGCUAAAUGGCUUCAAGUUACCGAAAAGCAGCUCCUUCGGCUAGCCAAAGGAAAAAGGCAGGUCCCAAAACCGAACUGACAGAGGAGCAAAAGCAAGAAAUUAAAGAGGCUUUUGAUCUCUUUGACACAGAUGGAAUUGGAACAAUAGAUGUGAAGGAGCUAAAGGUUGCCAUGAGAGCGCUUGGGUUUGAACCUAAGAAAGAGGAGAUCAAGAAGAUGAUUGCAGACAUUGAUAAAGAAGGCUCUGGAACAAUUGACUUCAGUGACUUUCUCAGUAUGAUGACACUGAAAAUGAAUGAAAAGGACUCCAAAGAAGAAAUAUUAAAGGCUUUUCGGCUGUUUGAUGAUGACGGCACGGGAAAAAUCACAUUCAAAAAUCUCAAGAGAGUUGCCAAGGAGCUAGGUGAAAACCUCACCGAUGAAGAAUUACAGGAAAUGAUCGAUGAGGCAGACCGAGAUGGUGAUGGUGAGAUCAACGAGCAGGAGUUCUUGAGAAUAAUGAAGAAGACCAAUCUUUACUGAACCUGAAUGUUACAGUCUUGAUCUGGAAUCUUUUUAAGAUUCACCUUUGUUUCUUUUAGAACCUUUGUUGGGACAGAUUUGUUUAGUUUGAGAAUAACUAUUUUAACAUACUGUAUCUUUGCACACAUUUUUCUACAAUGCAAGACAAAUAAAUAUAUUUCAUCACA